GUUAAUACGUUCCUGAGUUUACCGCGUAAGUCGAAUUCUGUGAAUACGAUGUAUCACCCGAGAGAAAAAAAAGAUCGAUCCAGAAUUAAAAAUGACGUGGUAUUACCUGUGAAGGAAACGUGGGCAGAGUCGAAUAAUUUUCACUUGAAUUUAGUCUGAAAAGGUUGACUAAAACGUUUCACCCAAUGCGAUCCGUAUUUCCUUCCAAAAAUGAAAGUUCUUCCUUUUAUCCUGCAAAACAUUUACCACGUUACCACAAGACAUGAUGUAACUUAAUGAUAAACUUCGUCUAAAAAAUAUAUUUAUAAAUUCAAAGUCAGACAGAUUUAACUUAUUUCACGUGGAAAAAUAUUAUCACAAAUGUUUAUCUUUUUUUGUAAGAAUGCGCCUCGUGAAGAUUCAGUUCUGCCAACUUUGAAACAUAUAACGAUGACAUGAUAUAUUUACUAAAGAAUGACAGAACGUUUACGAAUUGUUUGGAUUAAUUAAUAACAGUAAUUACAUUUAUAAUCAAAUAUGCAAGAAUAUUUGCUUACACUGAUUCUGCAUAUUAUAUAUAUAGGGAAAACUCAUCAGCUCUGAAACCAAUCAAGCUCCGAAACCAUCUCUUCUCUUUUGGACAAGUAACUUACAUUGAUCUUACACUGGUGUAAAAGCUGGUGACUUUCUCAGAAUUGACAAGUGCAGGUACACGUAAGUAUCUGGUAAAACAUAUUAUUGUUGCGUGGCAUUUAUUAAUUCCUACAAACAUUUCGUUAUGUUCCAUUUAAAGAACAAAUUACGCAAAAUUAUAGAGUCUAAGAUAAAUCUUAUCGUAAGAUUUCAUCACAAAAGAUAAUAAGGUCUAAGAUAAGUAAAAUUUAGAAAAUCCCUUAUAGAUAAAAGUAGCAAUUAACUCCCUCGAUAAGUGCAUGAUAAAUCAUUAUAAAAAUAUUUUACACGUUAAACUAAUAUCAUAAAAUUUGUAAAAAUUUAAUAAUCGAAAGUAUCACCCUUUAAAAUUAAAUAUACUAAUUUUUGCAGUAACUUAAAGAUUAUGGCAAAAAUGAAUAAAGAUUACGAAAAAUUAAGAGGUGUAAGCAAAUGUUUCACAGAGGAAACAUUAAAGGAGAUACUUUGCAAUGUACAUAAAGGAGAAAAAGCAAAUGUAUCGAAUUGGGAAUUUGAUGAAGCAAAUGCUAAAGGAGAUAAUUAUUUGUCAACUGUUAAUAAAAUUAAGGUUACUGGAAAUGUUGAUGGUAAAGAAGCCCAAGUUAGUUUGGUAGUAAAAUCUCUGCCAACAAAUAUAGGCAGGAGGAACACGUAUAGAAGUGUAGAAUUCUUUCGAAAUGAGACUCAGUUUUAUACAAAAGUGAUUCCAAAAUUUCAAGAGUUUUUAAAAGAUAAAGGCCAAGAGAAUCUAUUAUGCAUACCACGACAUAUGGCUUCUUGUAUGGAUGGUGAAAAUGAUUACAUAGCAAUGGAAGACGUUACUCUUUUAGGGUUUAAACCCCUUGCUAGACAAGAUUGCAUAGAUGGAGACAAAUGUGCCAUGAUUUUGAGAGCUAUGGGAAAGUUUCAUGGGAUUUCUUUUGCAUAUAAAGAUCAGGAAAAAGACUUUACAAAGCUUGUAGAAAGUUUACAUGAAACAUAUUUCAGCGAUGAACACUGGAAUUGGUAUAAGAGAUUUUUUAAAACAAUAACAGAUAUUACACAAAAUGCAUUAGCAACGGAAUACCCCGAUAGCGCGGCAGAGAAGCGUUAUGAGUCUUACAGAUUCGGUAGUCUUUAUCACAAAGCUGCAGAGUUUUGUAAACGCACGCAUCAACCAACAUCUGUUAUAAGUCAUGGUGAUUGCUGGGCUCCGAACUUUUUAUCUCGCGAACCAAAUGGAAAUGAAAUUUUAAUGCUCGAUUUUCAAUUGACAAGAUGUAGCAGUCCAAUCUUAGAUAUAUCAACAUGCAUUUACGCAUGCACUGAUAAAACAGUUUGGGACGAACAAUUCCAUAAAUUAUUAAAAGUUUAUUAUGAUGAGCUUUGUAAUACUAUUACUUUACUUGGUUCAAAUCCUGAGAACCUAUAUUCUUGGAACACAUUUAUGAGCGAGGUGAAAGAACAAUUCGGUUUUGGCGCAAUAUUUGCAAUGGAGAUUAUUCCACUUAGCUUGCUGGAUCAAUCGGAUACAUUCGAUUUAGACGCUAUUAUAAAAGACGAUAAUGCGGUAGAUAUAGCCGAUGUAUGGACGAUAUCGAAUAUUAAAUCCCAAAGUGGAAGACUCAGACUAGCCAAUGUUUUUGUCCAUGCAAUCCAAAAUGAAUUUUUAUGAUUU